UGGAAACGAGAAAACUUGCUAAUUGUUGCAUUUUGAGAGCAGUAUCUGGAUAUUGUCAUUUUUUGAGUUAAUUAAUAGGUUGACAUUUAAAUUGUACCUCUGAUAACUAUCAAGAAAUUAUUUGUAAGUAGCUACGUGGGUGUAGCCUUAGAUUUUCAAGUCUCUGGUCCACAAAUCCAUCCAACACAUCUUAGCAACGGCAGCGUUAGCAAGUAGCUGCAAGACACCGUUCUUACCUGAUUUUCGACGGCGGCAUGAGCUAUGGGUAUGGCGGUGGAGGUGGGAGAAGAGGCAGAAGAGGAGGUCGAGGGUACAGAGAUGGAAGCAGAGAAAGAUGGGACAGAGGAGGUGGAGGAGGCUCCAGAGGACGGAGUUCCGACUUUGACCAGGACCGAGGCGGAGGUGGACAGCGGGACCGUCCUCCCCCACACCUGAAGGGCCGUGAGAUUGGACUGUGGUACGCAAGAUACGGAGCCGUGAGGAGGAAACAGGCUGACCGGAGAUCGCGGGCAGUGGUCCAGAUGGAUGAGGCCAGAGAGCAGCACAUUACCAGGCUGCUUAACUCUGUCCAGAAUGAUCAGCCUGGCCCGGAGCGAGACGGCAGAGAUGCAAGAGCCUCUACGUCUGGUAACUGGGGGACAGCUGACAAUAGAGGUGGUCAUUGUUACUUUGACGGGGAUAUGCCUGAAGAGGAUAAAGUGAAGAUUGAGAUCAAAUCUGAGGAAGAGGAGGAAGAAGAUAUUCUGUGCCAGAAGAAAGAAACUCACAAAUCACAACGUUACUUCUCGGCGGCAGCCGUUAAAGAUGAGCCACCAGAUACAUGGGAUGAAGAAGAGCAACAGCAGGAGGAGAAAGAGAAAGUGAGAUGGAGAGACAAGGAUCUGGACUUCUUAUUUCACGAAGUAGUCAGAGACAGUUCACUGGAUGACCGCUUAAAGAGAGAUCUGCAGAGCAAGAAAUUGGAUCCAAAGUACAAAGAAAUGCUGAAAUUCAGGGAAAAACUACCAUCCUAUGGGAAAAGAGAGGAGCUGGUGGAGCUGAUCAACUCGAACCGUGUCCUGGUGGUGAGUGGGGAAACCGGGUGUGGAAAGACCACUCAAGUCACCCAAUUCAUCCUAGACGACCAUAUCAAUAGAGGCAUGGGCUCGAUGUGUCGUGUGGUCUGCACACAGCCUCGUCGCAUUAGUGCCAUCGCGGUAGCAGAGCGUGUAGCAGACGAGAGGGCAGAAAGUGUAGGGAAUGGAAAUUCCUGCGGUUACCAAAUCCGCCUGCAGAGCCGGUUACCACGGAGACAAGGUUCGGUCCUGUACUGUACCACAGGCAUUGUUCUUCAGUGGCUUCGCUCAGACCCAUUGUUGUCCAGUAUCAGCCACCUGGUGCUGGACGAGAUCCACGAGAGGAACCUGCAGUCUGAUGUUUUGCUCAUCAUUGUGAAGGACCUACUCAACCUUCGAGAUGACAUCAAGAUCAUCCUCAUGAGUGCCACGCUUAACGCAGAGAAGUUUUCUAAAUAUUUUGACAACUGCCCAAUCAUCCACAUCCCUGGUUUGACGUUCCCAGUGGAAGAGUUCCUACUUGAGGACAUCGUGGAGAUGACCAGGUAUCGUCCCCAGAAUCAGGACCGUCGCCCCACAUGGAAGAGAGGCUUCUGGCAGGGACGCAACUCCAGACAGGAGAAGGAGGAGAAAGAGGCUGAAUACAAGGAGAGCUGGCCUUGUUAUGCACGCACACUGCAGGGCAGAUAUUCUGACAGCACCAUUGAGACAGUGGAGAUGCUGGACAAUGAUGACAAGAUUGACCUGGAGCUGAUCCUGGCACUGAUUCGUCAUAUUGUGCUCAACGAUCAGGAAGGGGCAAUCUUGGUUUUCCUGCCUGGCUGGGACAACAUCAGCAGUCUCAAUGACCUGCUCAUGGCUCAGCAGAUGUUCCGAUCAGACCGAUUCGUUAUCAUCCCUUUGCACUCCCUCAUGCCAACCGUUAAUCAGACGCAGGUGUUCAAACGUCCUCCCCCUGGAGUCAGAAAGAUCGUGAUUGCUACCAAUAUAGCUGAGACCAGCAUCACCAUAGAUGACGUCGUUUAUGUGAUAGAUGGAGGCAAGAUUAAGGAGACCAACUUUGACACCAACAACAACAUCAGCACUAUGACAGCAGAGUGGGUUAGCCUGGCCAACGCCAAACAGAGGAGAGGACGUGCCGGCAGAGUUUGUCCAGGAAAGUGCUAUCAUCUGUACAACGGUCUCAGGGCCAGCCUGCUGGAUGCCUAUCAAUUACCCGAAAUCAUGAGGACCCCACUGGAGGAGCUGUGCCUGCAGAUCAAGAUACUGAAGCUCGGGUCUAUAGCUCGAUUCCUGCAGAAAGCCCUGGACACCCCCACUGAAAGGGCCGUCAACCUAGCCAUCAAGAACCUCACAGACCUGAACGCCCUGGACCACGCCGAGAAUCUGACGGCGCUGGGUUUCCACCUGGCCCGUCUGCCUGUGGAGCCUCACAUUGGCAAACUCAUCCUGUUCGGGGCUCUGCUGGGCUGCCUCGACCCCGUACUCACCAUUGCGGCUUCGCUCAGCUUCAAAGACCCUUUCUUCAUACCUCUGGGUAAAGAGAAGGCGGCAGACAUGAGGAGAAAAGUCCUGUCCCGAAACUCCAAGAGUGACCACCUCACUAUUGUCAAUGCCUUCCAGGGCUGGGAGGAAGCGAAACAGCGUGGUGCCAGAUAUGAGAGGGAGUACUGCUGGGACAACUUCCUGUCUGCCAAUACACUCCAGAUGCUGCACAACAUGAAGGGCCAGUUUGCUGAGCAUCUAAUGCAUGCAGGCUUUGUGAGCAGCAAGGACCCCAAAGACCCCAAAUCCAACGUCAACUCAGACAAUGAGAAGCUAAUCAAGGCAGUGAUUGUAGCCGGUCUGUACCCGAAGGUGGCCAUGAUCAGACCAUCUCAGAGCAAAAAGAGGCCGGGGCCCAAGGUGUACACCCAGGCUGAUGGAAAGGUGUGUAUCCACCCGAAAUCUGUCAACGCCGAAGAGACCGAGUUCAACUACACGUGGCUCAUCUACCACCUGAAGAUGAGAACGAGCAGCAUCUUCCUGUACGAUUGCACCGAGGUGUCCCCGUUCUCUCUGCUGUUCUUCGGAGGGGACAUCACAAUCCAGAAAGACGAGGACCAGGAGACCGUCGCGGUGGACCAGUGGAUCGUCUUCAGAUCCCCGGCACGCAUCGCUCACCUCGUCAAGAGUUUGAAGAAAGAGCUGGAUUCUCUGCUGGAGAACAAAAUUCGGAACCCUGCUCCCGUGGACUGGCAAAACCGCGAGUCCAAAGACUGCGCUGUCAUCACAGCCAUCAUAGACCUCAUCACCACCCAGGAGAAGGCCACAGGCGGCACCAAGGCCUAUGAUAGAGAGUGGGCGUCUGCCCCGAGAGGACAGCACAUUCAUUUCAAAGAUGACGAGGACGAUGAUUAGAAGUGGUUUUUGGUUGGCUACGAAGGGCCUGGGAAAUGACUGACUGCAUCCUUGGACACAGAGGUUAAUUGAAAAUUUAGCACUCCCUGGAUGCUUCUUAAGGCCAAACCCAGGAGGCAAGAGUACUGGAAAAUGUUACGCACUUGAAUGACUCCCAUAAUUUUUCUUUGCCUGUUCGGUCAUUGUUUCGCAAGGACCAAUCCGUGUUCGAAAACACUCAGUAGUAGUCAGUUUCGUUUACUGUUGAGUCUGUACAUUUCUGUUUGGUCUAAGUCUAGCUCUUUUUUUUUUUUGGAGGUAUGUC